AUGACCAACAAGGAUUUAUGCUCACUAUUGAAAGAUCUUGAUGUUUAUAGUGAAAACAAUGAGCAAUCUAAAAUUUCAAAUGCAUGUCUAAAGUUGUUAAAUAUGGGGUGUUCUAACGCAGAAGAUGUGUUGAAAAAGUGCAUUAUAGCACUAGUCAAGCAAGAUCAGUACCAAAAUAUCCCAAAAUUAUUUGAGCAAUAUAGUGAGUUUGCGAAUGAUGUCGAGAAGUUUGGCUUAUUAAAGUUGUAUACGUAUUAUAGAUCAAACUCUGUUGAAUUAUUUGAGAAGUUGUGGCACGAACUUGUACCUAAUACCGAGGAACUUUUGCAAAACGAUAGUUUUACCGGUAGCGAUAGGGCUUUGCUGCAUGUUCGUGCACAGUUUUGCUAUAAGACAAGAAAUUAUAGGGAAUCUUUAGCAAUCUACCAGGCUUUGUCUCGAACGAAUCAGGACCAAUAUGACAGUGGUUUUGAACUUGCAUGUAAUGAACUUGCUGCACUUAGCGUCCUAUCUGAUGUCCCUGUUAGUAGUGGAAUAGACGUCCCAUCGUAUGAGCUGCUUUUAAACGAGGCAAUUGCUCACUCCUUAGCAAAUAACCUCGAUGAAGCCUUACAAGUAUUGGAGAGAGCUUCAGGCUUGGCUAGUGCAGAGGGUGAUGAGUCAAACCUGCAAUUGAUUAUGCUUCAAAUUGCCUACGUUAAGCAACGGUUGGGCCAGAACAAAGAAAGUAAGAGAAUCCUGUUAAAGUUGCUCACAGAAGUGCCUAGUUCUUCCUCAUUGGUGCCAAUUAUCAAAACAAAUUUGAAAUCUAUGGAAGAACUCUCAAAGUAUGAUAGCAAGUGCAACCUGCCCCUAGUACUGCGUGAACUCGAUGUGAAACGCAUAACCUCCAUGAAUGCUGAGAAAUACUCGCCUUAUCAAUGGGACCAAUUGCAAAGCAAUAUAAUCCUAUUGAAGCUGUUUAGUAAUGCGUCCAUCAAGUCAAAAAGCAACAUGUUAUCACAAGCUAUUUCCAAAUACUCCACUUUGAUAGACAAUGUUGCUCUAGAACCAUACAAGGUACAGGCCAAGAGGUUGUUCAGGUUCAUGGUGAAAACUAUCGCUGGAAAUAGUUUAAACAACAAGACCUUUGGACUAUUGCUCAUUUCAAUGCAGUUACAGCUUAAGGUGAAAAAUUUGAACUCUGCGAUAAUACUAGGAGAGCAAUACUGGAAUAAAUUGAUUGAAUCUUCUACUAUGAACCAACAAGCUCGAGUUAUUUCUUAUAUCCUUUUGUCAAUGUAUGAGAUAGGCUAUAGAUCACACUCAACACAGCUGCAUCUUGACCGAGUAGUUGAGACAUUCUCCAUAGAAGCGGCUGGAGAGGUUUACGAAUUCUGGAAGUUCAUUGGCUUCACGCUACUCGGCCACCGCAGGCUAGAAGAUGCGAAGAAAAUAUUUUCUGCUCUUAUCAACGUGCAGCCAUCCGAUAGGCUCGUUCGUAUAGUGGCUAACGAUGAUGAUUUUGCAAUCGCUUUUGAAGACAGUUCCAAUAUUGAAGAUCUAGUAGCAGAUGUAGAUGUUGAAGAUUUGAUCAAGAAGGGUUGUACACCAUUUAUCACAAACCAGAAGUCAGUAAAAGCGUCUCUGAAUAAAGUUACCAAGAAGAAGAGAGUGUCUAAGAACAAGUUGCCCCAAAACUUCGACCCAAACAGAACACCAGACCCAGAAAGAUGGUUACCCUUAAAGGACAGGACAAACUACAAGCAAAAGAAGAAACUCACUAAGAUUACACAAGGAGGUGCAAUGAAUAAGAAAAUAGAACAAAGUCUUGACAUUACGAAACAAAAGAAGGGUAAGGGAAAGAAAGCUUGA